CUUCCUCUUCCUUCUGCUUCUGACCUUCAACUUGUUCUUCUCUUCUCCUACUCUAUUCUUUCUUAAUCCUUCCCCUUCUCUUUUAAUCCUUCAAUUCUCUUCUCAGUUCAAGCAAUCCUUAACAUCAACUGCCGGAAUAGAUCCAUUCCUCCACCGGGGCAUUACACACAGAUAGUUUCCGCUUUUCCCACUAAAACUCCCACCGAGAGAAUUCGAAUAGACGAGUGAAAAACGAGCAUAUCGCAGUCCUCAAUGGAGAACGCUGACGUCUUCUUGGGCUUGCACGACUUCCUUGAACGGAUGAAGCAGCCGUCCGCCGCCGAUUUCGUUAAAUCCAUCAAAAGGUCUCUCUCCCUUUACCUCACACUACAAGUCUACAACCAUGGGGAAUGCGAACCUUUCCCGCGCUUCCGCUGAUUUACAACAUUUAUCUUUGAUGGUUUCAUUAUAGCUUCUGAAUUCACUUGCUAGUUCGGCGGUUGAGCUUUGUAAUUGUAAUGGAUAGUUUUCUUUGAAUCUGACUUCCAAAAUCCACCACAUUUCACCCCUUUCUGUGUGCCUUCCAAUAUGCCAGCUGAUGUUGACACAAAUUCCUUAGUUUACUUCGGCUGCCACUGAUGAGUAUAGAAGUCAAGUGUAUAACCAUUCACAUGACCCUAGAGGCACAGCGAAAAAGGAAAUGCUGUUGAAUCUUUGCAUCUUGGGCUGAAGUUCGAUGGAAUUCAAUAAGAAGAGAAUAUUAUGUUUGGUUUAUCUUUGGGUUUUUAGUGUUUUAACCCGACAGGAAGACUAGGAGGAGGUUCUCUAUAUGGCGUAGGCUUCCAGUUACUUGGUUCCCUUAUUAAGUAGUUAAUCAGGGUUAUUCGGAUAUCUUUUGUUAGUGAUUAGCUUUUCUUUGUUAUUGUUAUCAUCAGAGUGUUUCUGCAGCUCGAUAGAUGUUCUUUCAUUGCAGAUAUUCCCCAUCUGAACGCUACUUUCAUCAGUUCCCGGAUGGGUUAACUGUGAAGUGAGUGGCAAUCAAGUAAUAUUCCCUUUGCAUCAACUAGUCAUGGUGUCUCCUACGAUAUGUUUAGGUCAUAAAAUGUUCUGUAAGCGUAAAGUAUUACUUAGAUUAGUUUAUCAUAUCUCAUAGUAGCAAAAAUUAUGUUGCUAGAUGGACAAUAAAGGAAUUCGUCCAGAGGCAUGCUUGAUGAAUGAACCCAAAUGGCAUUGCAGUAAAACAGGAAUGCUCAUGCAACCACUGAUGCUGUUGUAAACCCGAAAAACAAGGACUUGGAUUAGGUCCUACCUUUAUUAAAAUCAGUGCUUCAUUGUUUCAUUUUCGAACAAUGCACCAGAUCCUGAAAGGGAUAGUGCUCUUGUGCAAGGGUUUUUUGGCCAAAUGGAGACUGCUUUCAGGGCUCAUCCACUUUGGGCAGGCUGUAAGGAGGAGGAGUUGGAGAGUGCCGGUGAAGGUCUCGAGAAGUACGUAAUGACAAAGUUAUUUACCCGUGUAUUUGCUUCACUUCCAGAUGAUGUAAAAGCUGAUGAGCAACUCUCUGAGAAGAUGUCUUUGAUUCAACACUUUGUUCGUCCUGAAAAUUUGGAUAUUAAGCCCUCGUUCGAGAAUGAAACAUCUUGGCUGCUUGCGCAGAAAGAACUACAGAAGAUCAAUAUGUGCAAGGCGCCAAGAGAUAAGCUUGUGUGCAUCCUCAACUGCUGCAAGGUCAUAAACCAUUUAUUGCUUAAUGCUUCUAUUGCUUCGAAUGAGAAUCCCCCUGGAGCUGAUGAAUUCCUUCCGGUUCUUAUUUAUGUUACAAUGAGGGCAAAUCCUCCACAGCUGCACUCAAAUUUGUUGUACAUACAGCGGUAUCGGCGUCAAUCCCGGUUGGUGGGGGAAGCAGCAUAUUUUUUCACAAAUAUGCUGUCUGCAGAGUCUUUCAUCUCUAACAUUACCCCAAAAUCUAUCUCAAUGGAAGAAGCCGAGUAUGAAAAGAAUAUGGAACUGGCUCGAGCACUGGUCUCAACAGGUCCUUCAGCUGAAGAGGUUGUCGCACAAGGUGCAGGUAAUAUUGUCAAACCUGAAUCCAGGCAUCAGUUUUUAAAGGAGAGGAAUUCUUCAGUCCGACCCAGAACUGCAGAGACUAGGUCUAGAACUAUGGAUGCAGAAAGUUCAAAAGAUGUGGUAUCAUCAUUAGAUAAGGUUUCGUCAAUGUUGGAUAUACAGAACAGAGGAGCCGCUCUCAUUUUGAAGGAGGACAGGGCAAAUCACGUUUUUCGAGAGUACCCUUACUUGUAUUCCCAUGUUGGUGAUCUAACAAUCAAUGACGUGGAAGAGUUGUUGAACUCCUACAAACAGCUGGUUUUCAAGUAUGUUUGUGUUUGUAAAGGUCUGGGUAGUGGUGGUGGAGGUGGUGGUGCAUCUCUUCUUUCCAUCUCCGGUGAUCAAGGAAGUGUGCAGAACGAUGUGGAACCCAUGAAGUAUUUUCAAGAGCCUGAAACAGUUGUAGAACAGAGUAAUGAGCACGGGAAACAAAAUGAUAGUUUGAUAGCAGAAUCAAAGCGUCUGGAAGUGGAAAUUGAUCCAACGGCGAGAAAAAAUUAGGGACACAAGCAUGAGAGCCAAGAGGAAAGAGCGGCUCAGGAGUAGAAAUUGGCGAAAAUAUCGGUGACAGCUCAUUGAGAAAUCACUUUCUGCACACAAGGUCGAUAAGAACCUGCGAGAAAGGUUAACUACCGUUCGGGGGGUGUCCCUGCUAUUUGUCUCAUGUGGCGAGUAUAGUUUCAGUAUCAGAUUGAGAUAACAUUUUCUUGUUAGUACAAGCUUUAUGCUCUUGCUGCUCUGAAUUGCUAUU